AUGGCACAUCAAGCGAUGGCACAUAUGGUCAGUGCCGGUGCAAGCAUGCAGGAGGCGACGGGAGUGAUGCCACCCCUAUGGAAACUUUGUCUCCUUGGAUGUUUGAUCAUUACAUCUGCUUGUCUCGCUGGUGCUGAAACAGCCAUCACGACCCUGUGGCCCUGGAAGGUGAAGAAGAUUGCUGAAGAAGAAGGAGAAAAAUCUCCUUUCAAGUUGCUUGAAAGGGACAUCACAAAAUUCUUAACAGCCAUCUUAAUCGGCACCACGACUUGUACAAUAUACUCUGCUGCUUUGGCAGCUGAGAUGGCAGCACAAUAUGGAGGAGACAAGAUGAUGACCAUUGUAACGAUAUGGCUGACUGUUGUAACGUUGGUGUUCGGUGAGAUUAUGCCAAAGGCCCUUGCUGUAGCGCAGGCAGAGAGAGUUGCACGGAUCAUGGUACCAGCUAUCAAUGUGAUCGCAAUGCUGGUGUAUCCCGUGGGCAAGUUGAUGCAGAUCACGUCGAAAGUUGUCCUCAGUCUGAUGGGCGUGACGGAGUCAGAAGAGAACAACUUCUCAACAGAGAGUGUGUUGGACUUGCAAGAUACUCUUGUGACAGCCAUCAUGAAGCCAAGGGUUGAAGUCGUGGCGGUGGAAGCAUCUACAAGCAUCCGAACGUUUGUGAAAGCUGUGUCGGAGAGCGGAUACAGCAGAAUUCCUGUCUACGACGACAACAUCGACAAUAUAAUUGGAAUGGUUCUUGCAAAGAGUUUGAUCGAUUACCUGGACAAGCCCGGAUGGGUGGAGGGAAUUCAACACAGUACUGUUGCCGACAUCAUGGAUCCUGCGUACUAUGUGCCUGAGUCGAUGACGGUGUGGAAUGCGCUGGAGGAGAUGAGGCUGCGCAGAGUCCACAUGGCUAUAGUGGUGGAUGAGUACGGGGGUACCGCAGGGAUAGUUACCAUGGAAGACAUCCUUGAAGAGGUGAUCGGAGAGAUCUACGACGAGGACGACAUCGAAGAGCUCGUCAAGGAGCAGAGCUCGAUCUACAAGGAGACGGAUGGCAGUUUCACCAUAGAAGGAUCUGCAGACCUUGAGGAGACGAUCAAGGCACUUCAGAUCGAGGUUGGCGAGAAGGACUUGAUCGAGUUCGCAACCCUGUCUGGAUACCUGUGCCAUAAGGCUGGCUGCAUUCCAGCGAUUGGAACCGAGAUCCUCCUCUCCAAGACCAUGCCAAAGGGGAACCCCAAGGACGAGACUGAACCCUACGUCUUCGAUGGAUGGAAAGUGAUGGUGACAGCAGCAGACGAGAGAAGAGUGAUCUCCGUCUCCGCGCAUCCCUACUCCAACCUCACCAACAUGCUGUCCUCCAUGCCGACUCCUAUUGAUGGCGAGUACUCUCCUGACGACCUUGACUCGAGCCCUUCAGGAGACGAGGAGGAGGCCCGCGCUGUCAACAAGUCCAAACUAGCAGGGUAG